AUGGAAAGGACUGUCAGAUUGAGUGGAGAAGACAUAUCUGUAAGAAGUUUUAAAAUCAAAGACGACACAGCUUCCUGCAAAGUAUCCCUUUGGAAAGACCUAAGCAAAAGGAAAACAGCAGUGGGGAGUCAUUUUGAAAUUACGGAUGUCAUUGUGCAGGUGUACAAUGACGAAAAGUCAGUGUCCACCACAUCAAGGACCAAGUUGCUGCCAAUUACUGCCCCAGAUGUGAAGAAGAGAGUCGCAUUUGUAGUCUUUGAGGUGGAAGAUAAUGGAUUCUUUUCCCUAACAGGAGAUCUGGAUGAUGGAGAUUAUCCCGAAUUUCUGAUCAAGACUAGCCUUCUUGCGAAAGCUCUUCAAUGUCAGCCAAAAGAAGUGGAAGUUCGCUUGUUGUCAAAACUGCCACUUAAAGCAGAAAUAAUUAUCAAAGAAAAAGAGGUCAAAGUGAUCCAGAUUCAGCCUCAGUAA